AAAGUAAAGUGAGAAAAAAAGAAAAGAAAAAAAAAAAGAAAGAAAGAAAACAAGACCCAAAAAGGAAAAAGGAAAAAAAGAACACAAUACGUACAGAAGAAAAAAAGAAAAAAAGAAAGUGAAUCGAAAAUGUGUACUCCGCACGCAAUUCUGUCUUCAAUUACAAGGAAAAUCACUAAUGUAGUGAUUGAAUCAGUGGUGCGUCAUGUCAGUUUUCUUCUUUUCUACAAGAAGAACCUGAAGGCCUUGGACACUGAAAUGAAGAUCCUACAAAAUCAUAGAGGAAAAAAUAAAGGAAAAGUUGAUGAAGCCCUAACCCGUGGUGAAGAUGUUAAUGAUGACGUUUCAAACUGGCUAAACCAGGUGGACGGGGUGACACAAGCAGUUGAGGAAUUUAUGGAUGAGAAAACUACAAAGGAAAACAUGCAGUGUAAGUGCUUUAAACUCUCAUGCCCUAAUUUCAUUUGGCGCUACCGACUGAGCAAGCAAGCCCAAAAGAAGAUUCAUGAUGCCAAAAAACUAAGAGAAGACGGAAGUUUUGAGAGAGUUGCACGCGCAAAGCCACCUCCUUCGGAACUUCAAUUCCCGUCUAGUUCGGAUUAUGUGAGCUUGGAUUCAAGAGCAUUGGUUUUGAAGAGAAUCAUGGAUGCAUUAAAACAUUCCACAGUUAACAUUGUUGGGAUAUAUGGAACAGGAGGGGUUGGCAAGACGACGAUGGUUGAAGAGGUCGGCAAACAAAUGAAAGAACACCGGGUUUUUGACGAAGUGGUGAUGGUAGCUGUCUCUCAAGAUGCAAACGUGUUCAAAAUUCAAGGGCGUCUCGCUGACCGUUUGAAUCUAAAACUGGAUAUGGAAACCGAAGUGGGAAGAGCCGCUCAACUCUGGAAUAGAUUGAACAAUGGAAAGAAAAAUCUCUUAAUAUUGGAUGAUAUAUGGAAAGAACUGAACUUUAAGGAAAUAGGUAUUCCUAUCACGGAUGGAAACAAAGGCUGCAAAGUUGUGCUAACAUCUCGAAUCCGAAGUGUGUGGAAACAUAUGAAAGUUGAUAGAGACUUUUCAAUCCAAGUGUUAUCAGACGUAGAAGCAUUGGCCCUAUUCAGGAAGGUGGUGGGAAAUUCUAUUGAUUCUCCUCAUCUACAUUUACUAGCAAAGAGGGUGUGUAAAGAGUGUCAAGGCUUGCCGGUUGUUAUACUUGCAGUUGGAGCAGCAUUGAAAAACAAGGAGAAAUAUGCCUGGGAAGAUGCACUUGAUCAAUUGAGAAAUAGCAUGCUAAAAAAUGUUGAGGGAAUUGACCCAAAAAUGUAUGCCUCGUUAAAGUUGAGCUACGAUUGUCUAGAAUCCAAAGAUGCAAAAUCCUGCUUCUUGCUCUGUUGUCUGUUUCCUGAAGACAACGAGAUUUCAAUUGAUGACUUGGUCAAACAUUGCGUGGCGAGGAGGUUGCUGGAUCAAAACCCGGAUACACUAGAAAAAGCAAGAUACAGAGUACUUACAGUGGUCGAAACCCUCAAAACUAGCUGUUUGCUGUUAGACGCCACUGAUGAAAAUGUCGUCAAAAUGCAUGAUGUCAUUCGAGAUGUUGCCAUUUCAAUUGCGAAAGAGCAGGAAGCAUUUCUUGUAAAACAUGGCGUCCAAGAAUGGCUGGAGAAAGGUACAUAUGAAUCUUACUCAGCAAUCUCAUUAGUGUCCGAAACCAUUCAUGAUGUUCCUAAUGAGUUAGGAUGUCCACAACUCCACACCUUAUUGUUGGAGUAUAACAAUUCCUUGCUUAAAGUUGCAGACAUGUUUUUUAGUGGGAUGGAUAGACUUGCAGUUUUAGAUGUGAGUGGAAUAAGUAUGGCUCCACUAACAUCAUCACUUGCAAAUUUGGUUAACCUUCGAAUGUUACGUCUAAAUAAAUGCAAGUUGGAAGACAUAGCUAUACUCAAGGAACUAAAGAAUACCCUUGAAAUACUUAGCCUUCGGGGUUCUGAUAUCAUGAUGUUGCCACCAGAGGUCGGACAAUUGAUUCGUCUUCGAUUGUUAGAUUUGGGAAAUUGUGACCAACUCACAGUGAUUCCACAAGGUAUCAUAUCCAACUUAUCUUGCCUUGAAGAAUUAUACAUUUCAGACAGCUUUGAUCAAUGGGAGGCAACAACAGUCAACAAGGAAAUAAGCAAUGUGAGCUUGGUUGAGCUAAAGUCAUUGACUCGAUUAACCACUCUACAUAUUCAUAUACCAAAUGUGAUGCUAUUGCCCAAGGACCUUAGAUUUGAGAACUUGAUCAGAUUUAAAAUAUCUGUGGGUGGUAGAUUUGGAAAGAAUGAAAAUUAUUCCUCAACAAGGAUCUUGAAACUUGAAGGAAUUUCCUUACCAGAUGAGCUAAUGGUCUUGUUUGACAAAGUUGAAGUGCUAUAUUUGAAAAAAAUACAAGGUUUGAAGAAGGUGGCACAUGACAGGUUUUUAAACUUGAAGUUUCUUGAAGUUAUCAAUUGUGAUGACUUGGAACAUUUGCUUGGAAAACCAAAAUGGUUCAUGGAGAGUCAUGAACUAAAUCCACCAGGGCCUUUCAAUAAAUUGAUUGUAUUAAAAGUUCGAGAUUGCAAUUCCAAACAUCUCUUCUCCCCAUCCUUCACAAGAGCACUUUUGCAACUCCAAAGGCUGGAAAUACAAAAUUGCGAGAUCAUGGAAGAAAUAGUUGGAAUUGAAGGAGAGAAAGAUGAAGGGGAAAUAGCGAGUAAGGUAAAUUUUAGUCAAUUGAAAUAUAUGGAGUUGAGGAAUUUGGGUAACCUGAUCAGCUUCUACCCUGAAAUGAAGAAGACGAGAACAUCAGAGGGAAAUUCUUCUGUCCAUGCAGAGUCUCUUUUUAAUGAGAAGGUUGGCUUCCCUGCAUUGGAGGCAUUGGACAUUGUCCAGCUGCCUAAAAUUAUAAAGAUUUGGAACAAUCAAUUACUGCAAGUCCCAGAAAUAGAAGCAAGCUCCUUUUGCCAAUUGACUGUCAUGAAGGUUUGGUGCUGUGAGAAACUGGUGAAUGUGGUUCCAUCCAAUAUGCUUCGACCGUUACAGAAUCUGAAAGAACUCAAUGUAGACAGUUGUGGAACAAUGGAAGUCAUAGUCUCAAAGAACCCAGAAGGAACAGAAGAUGCCAAUGAUCAUAUCUUCAUAUUCCCUCGACUAAGGACUUUGCAUCUUUCUGAUUGUGAGAACCUUAUAAGUUUUUACAGUAGCUCUACAAAAUCCCAAGGCCAACCAUUCUUCAACCACCAGGUUGCAUUACCUACGUUGGAAGUACUUGAAAUUGAAAGAAUGCCAAACAUAACAGAGAUAUGGGACAAGAAAUUAGUCCCAGAUGCAAGGUCCUUUUGUGAACUAAGCAGACUGAUGCUUUGGCAUUGUGACAAACUUGUGAAUGCGUUCCCAUCCAAUAUGCUCCCGCAGUUACAAAAUCUAAAACUAGUCUCUCUCAAUUAUUGUUAUGAAAUGGAAGCGAUAGUCUCACAGAAAGAGGAGGAAGAAGUAGAAGCCAAUGGUGCUAUCAUGGUGUUCACUCAACUACGAACCCUCAAACUUGAAUCUAUGAAGAAUCUCAAAACUUUCUACACCUCCAGUUCUGAUGCACAGCCAUUUUUCAAUCACCAGAUUGCUUUUCCUGAGUUGAAGGAAUUGAGCUUUAGAAGGGUGCCAAAAAUAACACAGAUUUGGGACAAGCAAUUGCUUCCCAAAAAAGCAGAGUCCUUUUGCCAGUUAACAAUUGUUAAGGUCUGGUUUUGUGACAAAUUGGUGAAUUUGGUCCCAUACAGUAUGCUCCAACAGUUACAGAAUCUGGAAGAACUUGAUAUAGCAGGUUGUCCAAAAAUGGAAGUAAUAGUCUCCAAGAAAGCAGAAAAAGAAGAAACCGCCAAAAAUAAUGUCAUUGUGUUCUCUCAACUAAAUAAACUGAAACUUGGAAAUAUGGAGAACCUUAGAAGUUUCUACAGCUGCUCUAGCCUAUCUGACGCACAACCCUUGUUUAAUCACCAGGUUGCAUUUCCUGCUUUGGUGUGGUUGGAUAUUCACAUGGUGGCAAACAUAACAGAAAUAUGGGGCAAUAAAUUAUUCCCGGCCAAGUCCUUUGAUCAACUGAAGGAGGUUACAGUCUGGAGUUGUUACAAACUCAUGAAUUUGGCCUCGUCCAACGUGCUCUCACAGUUGAAGAAUUUGCAAAAACUCACUAUCGAACAUUGUCGAAAGAUGGAAAUGUUAGUCUCAAUGAAUGGGGAAGAAGAACAAGAACAAGUCUUGUUCCCUCAAUUAUGGAAUUUGAAACUUAAAGGAUUGCCAAGUCUCAAAAGUUUUGCCAGUUCUAAAUUUGAAACAAAACCCUUCUUCGACUUUGAGAUUGCAUUUCCAGAGUUGAAGGAUAAAUUUCUUGAUGACGAUUUAAAGCAACUACUUCUGAAAGCAAAGGAAUCUAAUGAUGAAGCAAACAUGACGAAUCUAGAUUCUCUCAAUUGCAUGGUUGUUGCGGAUGACCACCAUUAUUUCAUUUAAUGGUUGAAAAAUAAGCAUAUGAAAUUUUUUUUAUUUCAAAUUAAGAAAAAAUCAUUACAACCAAGUUUAACUCGGUUGUAGUGAUUUUUUCUUAAUUUGAAAUAAAGAUAAGUUCAUAUAAUUGUUAUACAACUAUUAGAUGUGUUGUUGGCGGAGCUUGGAAAAAGACUGGGAAUAAGCACAAACGGAAAUUGGUGUUUUGUUUAGUUUUCAGCUUUCUAAAUUGCUUUCAAUUAUUGGUUUUGAUUUUCCUUGUUGGUUUGGUUUGGGUUUGUGUUUCCAUCUUGGUUUGGAUUUGGAUUUUUGGUUAGCACUAUAAAUAGCCUUAUAACUUCAUUAGUUAUAAGUUUUGUGAUCUUAGUGAGAGAUACACAAUAAAGAGAGAUCAUUGUGAAGAGAGACUUUGUGAGAUUAAAUGUAAGAAUCUUGUAACUUCUUUUAUA